AUGGCGGGACGAUUCCCACAUCACCAGAUAUCGGUAUCAUUACCGACUCCUCCUCGAACUACCCAUAAACGCAAAAGGGUCAAUGACGUCGAAGGUGGCUCAUUCACCUCCGACGAAGAAGACGAAAACAGUACCAGAGCUCGAGCAAAGAGAGUCAGAGAUGCCGAGUCUGAAGAGUCCUUUUGGCUCCAGGGUCCCUCCAAAUCCAAUUCACUCCUCCUUUUCACGCGUAAACAAGAACCGUUCACUAAACAACUUGAAUCUCCUCCCCACACACCAACCACCAAAUCUCAUUUUGCAUCACCGCCGACCACCCCACCGUCCAAACCGGCGCCAAAUCUUACCUUCAGAGACUCGCCUGAUAAUCCAUUCCUCGCAACUCCCAUCGGACCAGACGAUGAAGUCAUUGUGACCUCGGAAUCUGUGUUGCGCGAGGAAAAACCGACAAUGACUUAUGUCUUCCGAGGGAUCCGUCGUGACUUUCCAAACCCCCAUUAUGGUGUACCACCUAACCCAAACUCACAACUCCCGCCCGAACACCCUGAUUUCGAACCUGACGAAGCAGCAGUUCCCAAAUUACUAUUUGGGGUUAAAUCUCGUCAGACGGCUCGGUCUGCUCAACAGUGA